AUGGAUAAUAUUCAUUUUAAUAAUUAUGUUGUAAAUAAGUCAAAAAAAAAUAGUAUAACAUCAUAUAAUAAUGCUAAUAAUUGUGUAGAUAUGGACAUAAACGGAAAAUAUAAAUUAUAUAAAGAUCGAUAUUAUGAGCCUCAAAAUUAUUAUGUAGAAAAAAAUAUGUUAAUAAAUAAUAAUUGUAUAGGAGAAAAUACAAUGAACAAUAAUUAUGAUUCAAAUUUAAUAAAUAACGAAAAUGGGCAACCUAAUAAUAAAACUUCUAAUUUUUGUGAAAUGAUGCCACAUGGAUAUGUAUAUACACAUAACAAUUUAGAAAAUGAAAUUAUUGAAAAUAGAAACCCCGAAAUGAAUCAUAUUAUGUUAGAUAAACAUCAUAGAAAUAGUAUAGAUGCACAAUCCGAAAAUAGCACAAGUAAUAUUAGUAUUGAUCAUAAUAAAAUAAAUUCAGGAAUGGAAUUAUUAACAUCUGAUUAUGGGCAAAUUGAUAUAAAACAUAUACAAAAAUUUGGAGAUUCAAAUAGAUACAAUUCUAUAAAUAAUAAUAUAAAUCAAAUAAAACAAUAUAAUAAUAAUAAUAAUAAUACCAAUUUACCAAAUAAAAAUGAAAUAACAGAUUCAAAAAAAAGCUUAAGUAAUAAUAAUAUACAACAAUUAUAUAAUAAUAAUGAUUAUGCUAACUAUAGAAAAAAUAUGUCUGCCGAAAAUUUAUAUAAUAAAAAAAAUUAUAAUUGUUAUGAUCUAAAUAAUAAUCGAUUUUAUGUGAAUGAUCAUCAUGUUAAAAAUAAAUUUGAUACAUAUUAUAAUGAUAUAUAUUAUAAUGAACAGUUAAAAGAUGAUAAAAUUAAUUUUGAAAAUAAAAAUAAUAUAAAUAUAAAUAACAUUCCUAGAGGAAGUAUUAAUAAUUCCUUUAUAGAUAUACAAGGAAAUAAUACAUUAAGAUCUUCGAAAAAUUUAACCCCAAAUAUUUCUACAAAUAUAGAUAAUCGAAAUAUAAAUUAUAUAAAUGAUAUGGAUAAAACAAAUAAUAUACCAUCACAUCUAUUACGAAAUUAUUAUUAUAAUAUGUAUGAUGAAGAAGAUCCAUGGGAUUAUCAAAAUCGUAGAAACACAUCAACACCUUCUCAACAACCUAUUGUAAAUAUAUCUCAUCAUUUUUAUAAUGCACUUAAUAGUAGUACUAAUAGUAGUAUGCAUAAUAACAGUUAUGCAAAUAGCAAUGCAAAUAGUAGUAGUGUUAAUAUUUAUUCUGGUGAUUCAUCAAUUAUUGGGCCACAUACUAAUAUUGAAAAUGAAUCUGCAAAUAUCUACUUCUCAGAUCAUAAUAUGAUGUAUAAUAAUCCUUUAUAUUUAAAUGUAAAUAAUUCUAUAACUAAUCCACAUGGAUAUCGAACCGAUAUGAAUUUAGAACCUGGUUAUAACAACUCUGAAACUCCCAAAGAAACUAAUCUAGAUGCACAAGAAAAUAAAAGAGGUGGUAUGGGUUCUAAUACACGAAGAGGAAGUAGAGGAAGAAGAGCUAGAGGUAGUGGAAGAGAACGAACAGGUUCUACAUCUGCUUCUACAAAAGAUGCUACAACAACUAAUAAUUCGGUAGGAAGAACCAGAGGUAGAACUAGAGGAUCUGUAAGAGCCAACAAAACAGGAAGAACUGGAAGAUCAAGAAUGGGAAUAAGAACCCAAAGAGGUGCUGAAAAAUCGGGAAAAGUUGAAAGAACAGAUGCGCUAGUAGAUGAGAUAUCGAAAGAGGAAAUGCCAAAGGAGGAAAUGCCAAAAGAGGAAGUGUAUAAAGAGGAAGUGUAUAAAGAUGAAAUGUAUAAAGAUGAGAUGUAUAAAGAGGAAAUGUAUAAAGAGGAAAUGUAUAAAGAUGACAUGCUCAAAGAUGACGUGUCAAAAGAGGAAAAGUUCGAAGAAAAUUCUAUAAACAAUUUAAAUGAUGUAGAUAUUAAUAAUAGUCAUAAUUUGAAUAAGUCAGAUGCAGACGAAAUAACACAUGAUGCUCCAUAUAAUAAUGAAGAAGAUACAGUUAUUCUAGAUGAUUAUUCAAAUGUUAUUGAUUUAUCUGGAACUACAAAUAUUAUAGAUCUAACUUCUAAUAACAAUCAUCCAAAUAAAAUAGAAAAUAAAUGUGAUAAUUAUCAAAAUCAAGAAUCUCCAAAUUAUUAUUAUCAUUACUGUUUCUAUAAUAUGUCAUAUAUAUAUGCUAAAGGAGAAAGUAUUCAAUUUUAUAAUUUUAAUUCUAGUGUUAGAAAAAAUUAUAUAAAAUUAAAAAAUAAUUAUUAUAAAAAUAAGAAAAUGUGGUAUAAAUAUAAUGCAAACAAAAUUUAUGGAUAUUUAUUAAAAAAAAAUAAAAAACAAAAUAUUAAUCUACAUACAAAUGAUAGCAUUGAAUAUGAUUAUAAUACACAAAAUAAAAUUUUAUUAAAUAAUAAAAAUGAAUCCAUUAAUGAUAAAUCUUUUUGUGAUGUUAAAAAUGAAGAUUUAUUAUUAGAAAUGGAUAAUAAAAAUUCAAAUCAACCUAUUAUAUCUUCAAUUCCAAAAAUAAAAAAUAAUAAUUUUACAAAAAAAAUUAAUUAUUUACCAUUUCAUCUUAAACAUGGAACAACAAAAGAAUAUUUUUAUUCAAAUUAUAAUGAUUCUAAUAAUGUUAGUGAUAAUAUUGAAAAUGGAAACCGAUCUGAUGAUGAUUGUAUAUAUAGAUAUAGUUUUAAAAAACAAAAUAAGAAAAAUGGACAAAAUAAGCAAAAUAAACAAUUAUUUAAUAUAUGUAAUGAAGAUAAACAUUUUUGCAAAUAUUUAAGUGAUGAUGAUAUUUCUUAUGAAAACUAUUUUAACUAUUUUUGUGAAAACGCUAACUCUCAUCCUACUGCUACUGCUACCAUGUCAACUUAUUUUCUUUAUUUUAAAAUACCCAACAAAAAAAAAUUACGUCAAAAAGUUACAUCUAUGAACCCAAAAAAUGAAUUUAAUUACAACGGGUUCUUAAAUUCUUUUCAUACAAAAAAUGAUACCGUUAAUGAAGAAAAUAUCAAUGGAUGUGAAAAUAAAAACACCAUUGAUUCCUCAUUAGAUAAAACAGAAAAAGAAGUUGAAAAUGAAUCAAAUAUUCUUGAUUAUGUAGAUGCAAAUGAUUCCAUUCUUUCUGAUUCAAAUCAUAUAUUUGUAACAUGUUAUGAAAAUUUAUUGAUAAAUAAAAAAAUUAAAACACAUUAUCUAAAUUAUUUUGUAGAACGUUUAUUCAAUAUGAAUGAUAAUAAUGAUAAUAAUGAUAAUAAUGAUAAUAAUGAUAAUAAUGAUAAUUCAGGUUAUUGUAAUGUUCCUAAAAUAAAAAUAAAUAAAUGUGAUAAUCUAAAAGAUGAAACCAAUAUUAAUUCUUUAGAAGAAAAUAUUUCAGAUUCUAACGAAAUAAAUGAUGUUACAAUCAAAUCCGAAGAAUCUCCACAAAAUAAAAAAAGUGGAGGAUUCUUUUUUAACACAAAUUUCUUUUUUUCUAAAAAAAAUGAAACAGAAAAAACAGGAGGAAAGUUUCUAUCACGCUUAUUUAGUCGAAAAAAAAAUGAUGAUACUACAGAAAAAGAUGACAAUUCUGUAGAAAAAAAUAACUCUGUAGAAAAAAGUGGUGAUAGUGUCGAAAAGAAUGAUGAUAGUGUUGAAAAAAGCGGUGAUAGUGUUGAAAAAAGCGGUGAAAGUUGUGAACGUGGUGAAAGUGGCGAAAGUGGUGAAAAAAAUAAUAUAAAAGAAAGAAAGGAAUUAAGGAAUACUCGAAAAUCACAUCUAUUGAAGAGUAUAUUACCUAAUGAUGAAACUUUAAAUUAUCAUAAUAUGGAAAGAAAAUAUACAUACGAAUAUAAUAGUAAAAAUAUUAAAACCGAAAAAAAUAAUGAUAAAACAUAUUCAUUAGCAGAUACAAAUAUUGAACGAUCAAAUGAAACACCACAUAUAGAUCAAGACGAAAUGGGUGGUUAUGGAAAUGAUUAUUUUAUUACAAAUAAAAAUAUGAUGAUACAUAAUUUUAGUUAUAAUUUAAAUAAUAAUAAUUAUUACAAUCCUGUAAAUACAUACAAUCAUAAUAAUUAUGAAUGCAAUAGCAGUUAUGAAAAUACAAAUUAUGGAACCAGCAAUUGUGGAGUUAGCAAUUAUGGAGCUACCAAUCAAUUUAAGAGGCAACAAAAAAUACCAAUAGAUAAUGAACCAAUAGAUAAUGAACCAAUAGAUAAUGAACAAAUAGAUAAUGAAGAAUCAAAAAUAAGAAAAAGAAGAAAAAGAAAUAAUUUUAACAUAAAUAAUUCAGAAACAACGAGACCUGAAGAAGAUUCUGAACCCAAUAAUUCAAAUAAUGUAAUGUAUAAACAUCUUAAACAAUCUAAAAAUACAAAUGAUGUAUCACAAUUACAUUUUAGUGAAAUAAAAAAUAUGUUAAAAGAUUUAACAAUAUUACAAAGUGGACCUAAUUGGAAAACAUAUAAAAUGGAUGGUUUACCAAAAGAAUUAUUUAAAAAUAUACGACCAAUAAAUCAAAGAGUAACCGGAUUUAAAACUGUUUUAUUAGUUGAUGACUUGUUUGAAAAAUUAUGGGAAUUUCCACAUACAGAUAUAAUAAAAGUACGGACUGUUACUAGAGGUGAUCAAUUUAUAGGAGAUAUAAGAAUCGAUUUCUAUUACAAACAAAGCGAACGAACUCUAUGCCGCGCUUGUGGCCGCCACAUUUUGAAGCAAAAGUUUGCUACUGAGCAUUACCAGAGGAACAUCUACUGCUGGAAAGAAGUCAUGUGGAGAAUCGGAAUCCCCGAGUUGUAUUACUACAACACCGUUCGUAACGAAAUCGAAGUGGAGAACAAUGAGAAGCAAGCCAUGCUCGAAAAAACGCUAUUUAUGUAUAACCAAGAUUUGAUUAAAAAGGCGACAAAUUUCGUGAACAAGGAGUUAAAAUAUUAUGAAGAUAAUGUAGUGAGCAAAGAAAAAAAAUCAGAAAAAAAAAAAUCGUUAGAAUUGGAUAUACUAAUAUUAGAAGAUAAUAACAUUAUCUUACCAACAAUAAAAAAUGAAAUGGAUGAACCUUAUUUUGAAAUUUCUGGUAUAUAUCCAAGUAAUGGAUUCCCAGAUGAAAACACAUCUAACAAUUUUUGUUAUAUAAAAAUAUCUUUUAAUAAAUUAGGAGGCAUGGUUUUAAGAGAUUUGUUUACAUUAGAAUGUGAAUUUUUAGUUGAUUGGGGAGAUAAUUUAUUAAUUCAAGCAAAAAAAUAUACACUUCAUGAAGCUUUUAAUAAUACUAAUUUAUAUGAUGUUAAUUUAAGAAAUUUAUAUGAUCAAGGUUUUGCAUAUUUAAAAUGUAAUAUUCCUCCAAAAAAUAAUAAAAUAAUAAAUUUAAAAGUUAGAAUUCCAAAAACAGUUUGGCAUUAUUGGGAAGCUAUAGCAGAUAAUUCAUAUAAAAUUAAUUAUGAAUUUUUAGAUAAGCAAAAUGCUCACAAACAAUUAUUAUGUUAUUUAUAUAUGGAUAAUACAAAUAAAAAUGGAACCCCAACACUUGCUCCCCCAUCUGCUCCGACACUACAUCCAGAAACUGGAAGACAUAUUUCGAUUCCAGAAAGUGAAGUUAAUAAUGAUAAAACACAAAUAGAACAUACUAUUGCUGCUACUGAAUAUAAUCGUUCUGAUGAAAAAAAUACUGAAAUAACUAGUGUAGAUGAGAAUAUAAAAAAUAUAAAUAAACAACAAUUACAACCUAUGAUAAAUAGCCAUUAUAGUAUUGAUAAUAUGAUUCAGGCAGGUCUUUUAAAAAAAGAUGAUAUUAUAAAUGGAUCAGAAGCAGAUACAUCUACAUCUGGAACAUCUAUUAUGCCAUUAACACGUGCAGGAACUUUACAAUAUAUCAAUAAUAAAAAAAAUAAAUUUAUCUCUCAUAAUGGUCCUAUUAGUGGAGGAGUUGGAAAUAUACAAUUCGAUUAUUUAAAUAACAAAACUAUGUCAUAUAAUACUUUUAAUGGAAUGAAAGGUGAAGGAGAGUAUCCUUAUUUUAAUAAAAAAAUGGGAUAUAAUAAUAAUUCGACAAAACCUUACACAAACUUUGAUACCAAUAUGGUUACUGGUUUACCAUAUAAAAACUUUUAA